GCCCAAAACACAAAGCCCAAAUAAACUAGAAAACCCAAAAGUCCUCUCUGUCGAGUGUCUUCUCUGAGUUUCUGCUACUCUUCUCGGCUUCAUCUCACUGUCUCCUUUUCGUCACGGCUUCAAGCUUCUCAUCUCAUUCUUCACGGCUCCUUCUCCGAUUAUUUUCCCGGCUUAAAGAUUCAAGUGUAUUUUAAGAAAGUUUGACCUCAUUGUUGGCCGCGGGAGUUUGUACAAUGGCUACCGGACCUGGACUUGAGCCUCUUGUAGACCAGAUGAUUUCAGUUAUUACCAAUGAUGGACGCAAUAUAGUGGGGAUCCUAAAAGGUUUUGACCAGGCAACAAAUAUUAUUCUUGAUGAAUCGCAUGAAAGGGUUUUUUCUACCAAGGUGAUGGCUGACUGGCUGGCAUGGAUCAGUGAAGAAGGUGGCCAAAAUUCAUUUGGGGAAGACAAAGGAAAGAAACGAGAAAAGAGGGAGGAGUUUAAUAUUUUUAAAAACAAAAAAAACAAUUAUGUUGUAUUUCUAAAAGCUUUUUAGUUUUUUUUUUAAAAAUAAAAUAAGAGGGUGACCUUGUUAACAGGUAAACGGUCAUUUGGGUGUAAUAAAAGUUAAUGAGGUUCAAAGGUUAGAUUAUUCGAUAAUAAUCGAAAGGUUGGAUUAUUAAUGGAAAAUCGUCGAAAUGAUGGAUUAUUUAAAGUAAUUUUCCCAAAAAAUAUAUUAAUAUGUUUUGGUAUGGAAUGGCAUGCGACAGAACAGGCUUUACAUACAUGAAAAUACUUAAUCUUUUGGCAAUGGAAUUAUGCAGGGUCUUUAUCUGUUUUUUUUUUCUGCCUAAUAAAUCAAACAUUGUAAUGUUCACUAUAAGCAAUUUCAGGGAAAAGUUGGUUUACCGUUGGAACUUGAGUUCCUUGUUACCACUUUGAGAUGAAGGCUGAAACCAUAAUAAAUAUACUUAUAUACAUGUUAUAUUCUUUGUAAUUCGAUCUCAGUCUACUCAAUCACUUGAUCUUAUGACCGAUUUGUUUCCAACAAGUUAGCAGUAACGAGGAACAUAAUGCAGAAAGAUAAGAGCUCGUUAUUGAUCUAUGUAGCAAGCCCUAUUAUUUUAACGAUGUUCAUUUAUUCUUUUAUGUAUUGCACUCUUGUGUAAAAGUGUUCAUCUCUUAAAGUAUAUAUCACGAGAACAAGAAAUUGUGGCAUGUUACGUUGUUUAAUGCUUCCAGCUCUUAAAUUUUUUGCAUUCGGA